AUGCGGCGAAGAAGACAUGUCUGUGAAGUUGCAGUCCUGCUAUGGCUAGGGAUCUUUCAGGGGCUGGCCAGCGCUCGAGCUGCGUUUGUGAACAACACCGUCUUACAUGCGAAAGCCACUCUUACAAGAUCCAACGGCACUCGUUCAGCGGUCAAUCCCUUCGCUGGAAGUGUGCGUCCAUUGAACCCAGCAACUGCAACCCCGGAGACAAGUCAGCAAGCAGUCACAUCCCCGAGCUCUGGUAAGUCGAUGGUUCAUAAAAAUAUAGCAGCUGGCUGCAAGUAUGCUCAUAACGUCCAAGGUCCGUCUCAACAAGCCGCUCAGGGAUCACCUACUCCGGGAGCAGCAGUGCCAAUUGAAAUAAUCCCAGCUGGUCCCAACGCUGGAUUGAUCCCCGUGAUAGUGGUGACCCCAGGGGCCGGUGGUGCUCAGGGAGCUACUACAAUAGUCGACGGUUCAGAAACCAUAAUUGUUGGUCCCGGCUCAAGCCAGCAAAGCACAGCGACCGGUGGUGGAAAAGCCAGCUCCAUCGUUACUCCUGCCGCCCUAGCAUCAAAUUCAGUUGUCACUCCUGCUGCUGCAACGGCUGCUUCUGUCGUGACUCCUGCUAGUAGUGCUGCGAGUUCUGCCCCUGCUGCUGCUGCCGCUGUUGGCAGAACAAGUUCUAUUGCGACCCCAGCCAGAAGUGCUGCAAAUUCGACUCCGGCUGCUGCCGCAAGCGCUGAUACAUGCCAGUGUUCCUGUCAGUGUCCUUCCGCCGCAUUCAACCAGCCGGUCGCCAACUCAGCUGUCGCUGCAUCAUCCGCCAAAGCAGCGCAAUCUAGUUCAUCAAGUCAAAGCACAAGUUCUCCAUCGGGCACUUCGAAGACCGCGGCAGCCCAGGCAACCACUGCGUCAACAGUAACCUCCAACAGCUCGUCCACGACAACCACUGCCAAUGCAUCCGCCCAAACAGCACCUUCAAGUGCGUCAGCUUCCAGCGGAACAAGUGUGCAAGCCAGCACGACUUCAUCUUCGUCGUCCUCAUCGACGUCCGCUUCGGAGUCCACAACCACCUCUGCACCGCAAACAGACCCUGUCAAUAUCAACACCAUCGCGUUCCACUCCGCCCUGACGAUCAAGUUUGGUGGAUAA